AUGAAGGUUCUCUUUUAUCUUGGUUUGACAUUUGGUCUUGCUGCAGCCCAAAAUGCAACCAAUGCAUGCGAAGCGAAAGACUACAGCGGUUCAGACGUCGAUGCUCUACUCGAUCGCGGAGAGAAGACCUAUUGUGCCUACAAUAACCACGUAGGAACACAAGUUGUUACUUUCAUACCUGGUCAUGAUCGGUUCAAUUUGACAAUCCAGACCUAUGGAACCACCUACUUCAAGACUUCGAAACAAGGAAAAGACAUCUCUAUUGGUGUUAUUGAGGGAUCAAACACUGGAAACGAACAAAAUGGCUCAGAUCUUCUUGUAUAUUCCAGUGGUAAAUCCGAAAUUCAAGACCGUUGGUUCUUUACGCAAACUUGUGUUGAGGAAAGGACAGCGAACCAGCUGGUAGUCUUUGUAAAGGAGCCGACCGAGAAAGACAUCUCAGAAAUUCAAAAGGAAUACGGAUUACAGGUCGAUCUAACCGCCGUGAACUCUUGUUUCCAUUCCGAAGACAGUGAUUCUUCGUAA